UGACAAGACCGGGCACAAUAAACUGGCCCCGAAAACCAAAUUAGAUUAUUUUACGUGGUUUGGUUGUUUGUUUGUUUUUUCGAUAAACCUUUUAAAACGUAUCCCGGAUUUUAAGUUUUCCACCAUGUUUGUGACGGACAUAAGAAAGGAGUUUUAUGACGUCGUUGUCAACCAGAGAGUGGCCCUCCUGGUUGCAGCAGAUAUCGAUGCCCUGUGUGCUUGUAAGAUAUUGCAGACGUUAUUCCACUGUGACCAAGUCCAGUAUACGUUGGUGCCAGUUACAGGCUGGCAAGACCUUGGCACUGCUUUUCUUGAGCACAAGGAACAGUUCCGUUUUUUUGUUCUUGUCAACUGUGGGGCCAGUGUCGACCUUUUGGAGAUGUUGCAGCCAGAUGAAGACUCCAUCUUCUUCAUCUGUGAUACCCACCGGCCUGUGGAUGUUGUCAACGUCUACAAUGACACCCAGAUAAAACUGCUAAUCAAGCAGGAUGAUGACCUGGGUGUCCCCUCCUAUGAUGAUAUCUUCCGUGAUGAAGAUGAAGACGAGGAGGGAGGUGAUGAAUCUGGGAAUGAGAGUGAUGAUGGCUCAGAGCCCUCUGGGAAACGGAGGAAGUUUGACGAGGGGGCUGUUGAGAGGAGGAUUGAAAGACAACGGGCCAAGAGGGAAUGGGAAGCUCGAAGGCACGAGAUCCUGUUUGACUAUGAACAGUAUGAAUACCAUGGGACCUCUGCUGCAAUGAUGAUAUUCGAACUGGCGUGGGUGCUGACUAAAGAUACCAAAGAUAUGCUCUGGUGGGCCAUCAUUGGGCUGACAGACCAGUGGGUUCAUGACAAAGUCCCACACAUGAAGUAUGUAACAGACAUUGCCACAAUGCAGCGACAUGUCUCCCGUCAUAAUCACAGAAAUGAGGAUGAUGAAAAUUCGCUCUCCAUUGACUGUAUGAGGAUCUCCUUUGAAUACGACCUGCGUCUAACCCUCUACCAGCACUGGUCCCUUUAUGAGAGCAUCUGUAACUCCUGCUACACUUCCUGCAACUUUAAACUUUGGUCUUUAAAUGGCCAAAAGAAACUCCAGGAGUUCCUUGCUGACAUGGGUUUACCACUUAAGCAGGUACGUCAGAAAUUCAACUCCAUGGACAUGUCAAUCAAAGAGAACCUAAGAGAGGUUAUAGAAGAGUCCUCCAAUAAAUAUGGUAUAAAGGACAUCCGCAUCCAGACAUUUGGAGUUCACUUUGGCUUUAAGAAUCGUUUCCUGGCCAGUGACAUGGUGCAUGCUGCUGCCGCCUUGCUGGAGAGCGCUGAGAAAGAUGAGGGCACCGGCAACAGCUUUCUCAAGGCUCUUGACUGCCUUUCCAGGAGUAACAUAGAACAACUACACACUGGAAUUGACCUGGCUAAGAGGAAACUAAUUGCCAUCCAGCAAACUGUAGCCAGCUGCAUCUGUACCAAUUUGAUACUGUCCCAAGGGCCAUUCCUGUACUGCUACCUGAUGGAGGGAACUCCUGAUGUCAAGCUAUUUUCCAAACCCAUGGCCUUGACUCUGCUCUGCAAGUAUCUCCUGAAAGCCUUUGUCUGUUCUACCAGAAACAAGCGCUGCAAGCUGCUGCCUCUGAUCAUGGCUGCCCCCAUGGAUGUGGAGAAGGGUACCGUUAUUGUUAUCGGCAUCCCGCCAGAGUCUGAGAUCUCAGACAAGAAGAACUUCUUUGGCCGUGCUUUUGAGAAAGCUGCAGAGAGCACCAGCUCCAGAACACUCCAUGAUUACUUCGACACUUCAAUAAUUGAACUAAAGAUGGAAGACAGGAGCAAAUUUCUAGAUGCACUCAUCACCCUCCUAUCGUGAGGAUUUGCCGAACUCUAGGCAACAACGUCAACACUUCUGAGUCAGCUUUCAGGAUGAGCUAAGAACUGGACAAUAGAAUGCAGAUAUGUUGAGUUAUGCACUCAAGACUCAGUUGCAUAACAGCUGUUGACCAUUUACAUCUCUGAGUCAAAUGUGAUGGAAAUUAAUGCAAUAAUCUGCACACUUAGGUGGAGUUGAGCCUGCUGACUGGUAAUAUGCAGUCAUCAGUCAGUUAUUUCUGCAUCAUCGGUCGUAUCGCAUGUUUGUGUAUAUUGCACAGUUAUGUUUAUAAAUGUUAUGUGAGAAUUUUUAAUCUAGUUUUUAAAAUGUUCUUUAUUUUACUUUGAAAUGGAAUAGUUUGGUGCUCUUUUCAUGAUUAUGUAACUUUGUGCAUUGUUUGUGGAAUGUUGAAUAAACCUCAUUUUA